AUGGCACCAGUCGCCCUCUAUCCACAAGCCUCCCCUGUCUUCAAAAAGCGGGAUGGCCAGGCACUCGAGGACCUCUCCGAUGCUAUCGACGAGGUCAACGUCCUGAAAGACAUGAAGAAGCGCGAAGCCCAGAAGAAAGCGAUCCAAGAAAGAGGUCUCUACGAAGAGUCUGAGUUCGACAAGGAGAAGGACAAGUCCAAUUUCCGCCAAUACGAAGACGCCUGCGACCGAGUCAAGAACUUCUACCAAGAGCAGCACACAAAGCAGACCGUCGCGUACAAUCUCAAAGCCCGCCAUGACUUCCACAGCAAGAUCCGCGCUGAAAUGACCGUGUGGGAAGCCAUGGAGAAACUCAACACCCUAAUCGACGAGUCAGACCCAGACACCAGCCUCUCCCAGAUCGAGCAUCUACUUCAGUCUGCCGAGGCCAUCCGUCGCGAUGGCAAGCCUCGCUGGAUGCAGCUCACCGGACUGAUCCACGACCUGGGCAAACUCCUCUUCUUCUUCGACGCCGAAGGUCAAUGGGAUGUAGUCGGCGAUACCUUCCCGGUCGGCUGUGCGUAUGACGAGAGAAUCGUCUAUGGCCGCGAUUCGUUCCGCAAUAACGAGGACUUCGAACAUCCAAUCUACGAUACCAAAUUUGGUAUCUACAGCCCCGGCUGUGGUCUCGAUAAAGUCAUGCUCUCCUGGGGCCAUGAUGAAUAUCUCUAUCAUCUCGCUAAGGAGCAAUCGACCCUUCCCGACGAGGCGCUCGCUAUGAUUCGUUAUCACUCUUUCUACCCGUGGCACAGCGCUGGCGCAUAUCAUGAGUUUAUGAACGACCACGACCGUGAUAUGCUGCGUGCUGUCAAGGCUUUCAAUCCUUACGACUUGUACAGCAAGAGCGAUGAUAUUCCCAGUAUUGAGGAGUUGAAGCCAUAUUACCUCGAGCUCAUCGACGAGUACUUCCCCACUAAAGUGCUCAAGUGGUAG